AGCGUCGCUCUUUGCGCCGUUCUCGCUACUGCCGUUUCACCCCGCAGCGAUUUAUUGUCGCCUUCAACCCUCCCAAAACAGAAGAUGGAGAGCGCCUUUACCGCUCUCUGUGACGCCGUCGUCCCGGACGUCCUCGCGGGCGCUCUGCAGACCUUCGCGAGCCACACCGGUCUGAAGUGGGGUGUGGUGUCCGCCAACCAGUAUUGGUUCCAGCCACCCAAGGUGCACAUUGGCCUCUUCGUACUGGGCAUGAUCUUCUGUGCUGUGCUGCAGAAGCGCUCGCGUGGCUUCAGGGGCGGCGCCAUCGCCCAGCUGGCCGUGAAGGGCGCCGGCCGCUCGGUGAGGUGCCCCAUCAACACCCUCGUCGCAGCCACGCUGAUUGUGUGCUUGGGUGCACAGGUGUACGUGAAGGGCUCCCGGCCGAAGCCGCUGGUGCAGCUGGCGUGGCUGCUCAUGCCCUGCCACGUCUUCACUGCCGUGUGGAUCUACAUCUUCCUGCACGACACGCCGCGAAGCUACGCGAAUAACUGCUACCUGGCAACGUUGAUGAUGGACUGGUCGUGGGCGCCGGUGGCGGCUGCGCUGGAGCCGGACUGGGGUGACCACCGCUUCUUCUGGGAGGGCUACAUCUUCUUCACGCAUCACACGCUUCUGCUGCUGCUCCCCGUCUACUACGCGGCGCGAUACGAUUCGUUGGGGCUGAGUUGGCCGCACGUCUUUCACCUCACGUGGGUGCCGACGUUUGUGAACUUCUCCAUCUUCGCUCCCUACGGUCUCUUCAUUGGUUUGAACGUGAACUACCAGCUGGCCCCGCCGCCAAUCAGUGGUCCGGUUCCCGCCGCGCUUCGCUCCGUGCUGUUCCGCCCCGCUUACGUGCUUAUCUUUGUGGCGCUGUCGGUGCUCUCGAAUGCGCUGACGCGGCAGGGGGGUAAGGUGCUGCGCACCGCGCUUACCGCCGUGCAGAGGGCAGAGCGGAAGGUCAAGUGA